CACAAAUCAAAAACCAGGACACUUCAGUUGGAGCAACAGCAUACAGAAAUGAGCAAAGUCCAAGGAAGAACACAUCACAAACAUCAUAAUCGUCACAAUCACCACAACAGCACUAGGGACCAGCGGAAGCCCGCGUCGGAGAAACAACACGGGUCGAGCUCGAACCAAGAGGAGGAUAUACAGGAACAUGAACAAUGUGUGAUUUGUGCAGAACGCAUGACGAUUGCUGCUAUUUCCCCUUGUACACACACCACUUGUCAUCGUUGUACUUUCAGACAGAGGGCGUUGUACGAGAAGAAGAGUUGUUUGGUCUGUAGAAGCGAAAAUGAGAAGCUCAUAUUUACAGAGCAAUUGGAUGCCAUCUACAAUGAGGUGAAUCCCGCACAUAUUGUUGUUGAAGAUGAUAAAUACGGUAUAGCAUUCACCUCACAGCAUGUGUUUGAUGACACCAUGGAGCUUUUGACGUUUAGAUGUCAGAUUUGUCAAACAGUGACAAGUGAUAUGAAGGCACUCUCCGAUCAUAUAAGACAAGAGCAUGAAAAGACCAUUUGCACCAUAUGUUCCUGUUUCAAAAAGGCCUUCCCCUCUGAGCUGAAAAUUUACACUCAGAAGCAGCUACAGAACCACCAGAUGCGUGGUGAUGAGAAGGGAUUCAAAGGCCACCCGUUGUGUAAAUUCUGCAAAGGGAAAAGAUUCUACUCUGAUGAUGAAUUGAGAGUUCACCUGAGAGAGAGCCAUGAAAAGUGUCAUGUUUGUGACCAAUUAGACCCUUCAAAUCCACAGUAUUUCAAGAAUUAUGAAGUUUUAGAGGAACACUUUAAGCGUGAUCAUUAUAGCUGUCGUGUUCAAUCGUGCCUCGAUAAGAAGUUUGUUGUUUUUGCCGAUGAACUCGAUUUACAAGCCCAUAUGAUCACAGAGCACAGGGAACUCUCGUGGAAGGGACAAGUUGUUGGUACUACUCCACAGGGUAACAACGUAAAUGGUCGUUAUCAACUCUCAACAUUCCGUUCGUCCCAGGGAUCUUCCUCGUCCCAUAAUGGUCCAACCACAACGCAAGAGGCCGGCGACUCCAUGCAAACCAAACGCAUGAGAUUCGAAGAAAGGGCAAAGCAUUACCUCAAUAACUCUGUGGAUAAAUUUGAAGAAUUUACAAGCUUGAACAACAAGUUUCGUAAUGGCCAGCUGACUGUUGACGGGUUGAAGGAAGCAUAUCUGGUGCUCUUCAACAAAAACUCUGAACAUGAGGUUUACCUCUUACUUUUUGGUUUCUCGAAGUUAUUUCCAGAUGGUUCAACAAAUCAGUUAAAACUUGCAAGCUUUGUUGAAGAGCACGAAAAGAGAGCAGCACAGGAACACGAUUUCCCAGCUUUGCCAGGUUCAUCGACCUCGUUAUCGUCGUACGGAGGUUCUAAUUGGGGGAACAAACAACCUUCAAAGAAGAACAAGAACUCACGCCAGAACGCUCAAGAAUUGUUCCCUGCUUUGCCUACAGCAACUUCGUACACACCGGUAAAGACAACUGUCAAAUAUUCAGCCAUGACCAACCAAUCGAAGCCACCUGUUGUUAAGGUUAACAAAGGUUCAAAUGCAAACUUCACGCCUACUUAUCUGUCCAAGCCAACAUCAUCUGCUUCGUCGUCGUCGUCUUCUCUAGCAUCGCAGAGAUCAAGAUUGGAUGAUAACAGCUUUCCUGAAUUACCAAAGGCGCCGCCAAAGAAAACUUUUGAGGCAAGGAAUCCUGCCAAUAAGUCACAAGUCAGAACUGAAACCACUAUUUGGGGAACGUCAAUCAAAGCCCAACCUGCAAGAGACUUAUGGGGCAACGUUGUUAACAGCAGUGGUAACAGUAGUAAUGGAUUCAACUUGGAUUCUUUGGAUAAUGCACUACCAACCAAGGGAAAAGGCAAGAAGAAAAAGGCACAGGUGUUAUUUACAAUGGGUGGUAGAUAAGUUAGGUGAUUUUAGAUAAGUUAUAUAUAUAUACGUACAUCCGUGUCUUUUU